AUGUCGCCCGGUGAGAAGCCAGACGAGCGGCUGCCGCCGGCUGGCCGUCAAAAGGACGAUCGCUAUGCCACCACGUUUGCCUUUGUCAACGACCAGACACCCCAGGACUCGCGCAGCCACGCCAUGCGCGAGUACUGGAAGCAGCGCCGGCGCACCAAGAGCGUCGACGCGGGCAGCUCGUCUCGCUCCGCCGCCGCCGCUGCCGGGUCCCAGGCAAACAUGCCGCCGGUGCCGCCGCUGACUUUGCGGCCCGGUCGCGGUGGCACUGCCUCGGCAAGCAGCGGCAGCGGCAGCAGCAGGAGACCGACCACGUCUCGGUCACCGAAAAAGGUGGCCAUCGAGCCCGGCAUCUCGGCCCAGGUGCUCUCCGGCAUGAACCUGGCCCUCGGAAACUGUCGUCUGGAUCCGUUUGACCAGUUUCCCAUCAAGCUCACCGCGCAGCAUCACAAGCUCAUUCUGCACUGGCUGACCAUGUACGCGACCAUGAUGUUUGGGACUAGGUCCAGGGCAAAGUUUAACCCGCUGCGGGAUGUCUUCUUCCCGCUGGACCUGUCGAAUGCCGCUGCCUUCAACGCCGUCAUGGCCCAGUCGGCGGCGCACUUGGCGCGCAUGCAGGGCCGUCUGCGCUCAACAGAGGCGCUGCAGUUCAAGGCGGAAGCCAUCCGCAUCCUGUCGGAGUGGAUGGCCGACGACAAGAUGGCCCUGAGUGACGACGUCCUGGCUGCCGUAUCCAGAAUUCUGGCGUACGAGAGAUACUGGGGGACCGAGGCCGAGUGGCUUGUUCACAGAGCUGGUUUACAACGACUCAUCGACCAGCGCGGAGGUGUUGGCGCGCUCCAAAACAACUGGAGGCUCGAAUUGACCAUUUACUUAAUCAGUCUCAUGUCGAAGCCCUCCUGGUUUGACAGCUCCAAUCAGCUCUGGGAACUCUCCGACUCGUCCAUGUCGGCUCACGCGGGCCUCCACACCUUGCUGGGCAGCAAGGACGCCCUCGCCCGGAUCCGGUCCCUCUGGCUCAUCUCGUUCAUACAGGACACGCGCACGCUCAUGAACAACUGGGUGGAACUGUACUCGGACGGCAUUACCAUAUACGCGGCGCUGCAGCGCGCCGUAGCCAUGCUGCACGCUGCCAUCCCGGCCUCGAUCGAGGCGCCCCGCGGCACGCACUUUGACCAGCACGACUACACGCGCAUCGCCUGUAUCCUGUUCAUCGUGCUGCUGAUCCAAUCCUCGACGAGCAUCGAGCCGCCGCAGGGCACGCCCUCGCUGACCCGCAUCGCGCAGCUGGACGCGCUCCUGCUCGAGCGGGAGCCGCAGUGGACGCGGUCCGUCGACGAGCUGUACGACACGCUGUAUCACCACUUUGCGCCGCGCAUCAAGGGCACCACCAUGAGCAGCUACGCGCUGCACAUGGCCACCGUCAUGAGCUACAUGUCGGUGGAAACCCGCAGAGGGGUUGAGCGAACCUUGUUGCAUAUCCUCCCGCACGUGCCGGCGGAAUCGUGGCAGGACGACUGCCAGUGGACACCGGAUGUAUUACUGUCCUCGAUUCACGGGGAUUAA